AGAGGAGAAAGGACGACGUCAGCUGGUAGUGGGAUGGCUUUGUGCGAAGGAGAAGGAAAGAGAAUAACGUCCUGAAGAAAGGAGUCUCAGUGAAUGAGCGUUAGAAAGCUGAGCUGCCCCGGGAAAAGGACCAGCGUUUCAAAACAAAGAACAGCUUCUUCACUGUUGCGCCUGCAAAAUCUCUUCACUUUGACUUCCUGUGUGCUUUUCUGAUUGUGCCAUGGCUGAGGGAAGCUGUUUCGGCGCAUUGUAGCUGUAUUGGAUGACCAGAAUCGGACCUCCACUCAAAGAACAAAAGAAGAGAGGAAGGAGAAUCAUGAGAAGAGGGAAAACAUUUGCUCAGAGAGGAUAAGAUCAGCAGGCCGUCUGGGCCUGGACACGGAACCUUCUGGACUAUUGUCUUUGUAAGGAAAGGAAUUUAAACUUCCAAAUUUCUGUCACUUGGAGGAGCUUUAAAGGGCUUCAAGAAUAUUUUUUUUACUUUUUAUCAAUUGCCAAUUAGAGUCAACACCAUGUGCCAUGUUAUUGUGACAUGCCGCUCCAUGCUCUGGACGCUGCUCAGUAUCGUGGUGGCCUUUGCGGAGCUCAUCGCCUUCAUGAGCCCUGAUUGGCUGCUGGGAUCCCCUCGGUCGGACCCCAGUGUCAGCAGGGCGGGAGUGGACUCCGGGGAGUACCGGCCAUCUCUCGGCCUCUACAGCCGCUGCCUUCGCAUUGGGACCUGGGGAAGAGGGGUGAGCUGUGGGCCCUAUGCCAGCACGUUUGGAGAAGUGGCCAGUGGCUUCUGGCAGGCUGCCAUGUUGUUCCUGGCAGCGGGGACGUUACUGCUUGGGGUCGUGGCCUGUAUGUCCAUCUUCACUUUGUGCUUCCAGAGUAUCCUGAAGAAAAGCAUAUUCAACAUCUGUGGACUGCUCCAGGCUAUCGCAGGCCUCUUGCUGAUGGUGGGCCUCAUGCUAUACCCUGCUGGUUGGGGUUCAGAGAAAGUGAUCAGCUACUGCGGCUCCGAGGCCUUGCCCUUCAGGCCAGCUCUGUGUUCCCUCGGCUGGGCGUUCUACGCAGCAAUAGGAGGAACCUUGGCCACCUUCCUGUGUGCCGUUUUGUCCGCUCAGGCUGAGAUCGCCACCUCCAGUGACAAGGUCCAGGAGGAGAUUGAGGAGGGAAAGAGUCUGAUCUGCUUGCUCUGAGCCUUCACAAAUGAAGGCAUCCUCGGUGCAGUUUCUCUGAUAUGGACACCUGCUCCUUUCAGUGGAAGGAGGAUGGACAUUGAUUUUCUUGACUGAUGAUAGCCUUAAUAAAAUCAGCUGAUUGUUGACAAAACAGAAACUUGUUAACAGCUUUUUAAAAUCUUGAGGCAUGGUAUUAUGUCCUGAAAACCACUGUAGCCUACCUGAUUUUACCAAGAAGUAGGAAACCCCAUAUUAGUCUCCUAACACAACUUCAGGUUAAACAAAAAGGCCUUGGUACAGCAGCAAGCUAAGGAACAUUACCUGUUUACUCAUCAAAAUAAUGUUUAAUACUUCUUGCUUUAAACAAACCACUGUACUUAAUUAGCAGGGGGUUAGUUGAUCAUAUUGGUAGUGGAUAUAUUGUUAGUGUUACUGUGGACAGGUUCAACACAUUGUUAUGAUGUUUAUUCACCUGCAAACCUCAAAAAACCACUGAAUAGUAGCAGAUGUGUCCACUAAAAUGCUCAACAACAGCUUGCAUAUGUUCUCUGUGUGCGAGAUAGACGUUAACUGUCGAGGUUCCUAAAUCUCCAUAUGCUCUGGUUCUGUGGCACAGCAGGAUAGUAAUACUCCUCACAACUUAUGAUGUGCCACUUAAGGGAUUGUUCACUUCAAAGGGAGUUCCCCCUGUUAAAUGGAUUGUUUGUGGGUCUGUUGUAGCUUAAUAACUGGCGUGUGUGCAGAAAAAGAACAGAGACUCGCCAUAUGUUUCACUGCGGUAAGCUUUCAUGAGGGAGAUGUUUGCUCACAGCGAGAUAAAGCAGGCUGCGCUACAGCUUAUCAUGAGCUACCUUAUGAUACGCAGAGAGCCAUACAAACAAGAUCUGUCUUUGUAAAGAGGUCCAAGACAGGAAAAAAAUGUGUAAAAAGUUCAAAAGCCUGUCAAAAACUCCCAACAGUUGAUCAGUGUUGCCACUGCGGUGUCCUUCUGCCAUUUUAUUUUGCACUUAAUUCAUGUAUUUUCUCACUUAUGUUUUUAUUUUUUCAACUGUGCUCCAUAAGUCGCUGUAAGUGUAACAUGAUUCAUGUGAUUGCUUUUAUUCAUUGUAGAUGAGAUGUGCAAUAAUUGCUGUGAAAGCGAGUGGAUGAGUGAAACCAUAACAUGAAAUUGUAUUACAUAGCAUUUCUAGUCUGUCUGUCUGUCUUAAUAUGUUGACUGUCUGCUGUUUUUGUUACAUUAACAAGAGUUAACAGCAUCUGUGGCACAUCGUAUUGGAGCUGCAAGUAUGAAAGGUUGAUAUGUUUGUGGAGAGAAAUAGUCUAUACUUUGUACUCAAAUAAACCAGUCCUUUAGUAAA